CUUCAGUUUGAGUUUUUGUUUCAGCUAUUUUCCAAAUUUAAAUCAGAACAAGUUAAUCGGCGAGUUUUGUAUAUGUAUGUAAAUGUGCUACAUUUUGCAGUGCAAGCCGAACAGAAUUCUUGCAAAGGCUUUAAAUUAAGUAGUAUUAAAUCUUAAAUAUGAUUUUUGGAAAACGAGCACUUUUCAGCUUUGCGAAAUCUAUUCACUGGAAUUUUCCCCAUAUUUUUGGGGAGGCGCACAACUCCGAAGAUAUUUAUCUUAAACAUAUGCGCAUUAUCCACUCAAUGAAACCGUUUUUAUUAUGACAACAAACUGAACCCAUAUAUUGGGUCGAAUCGAAGCCACACUCGAGGUGGCAAGUUAGUCCAGAGCGUGCAGCAAAGCGAGGCAGUUAGUUCGGAGAGACACAACCAAAACAAAAUGAUACAAGUUAUGAAUUGGCUGUCAAUGGCCAUUGGGCUCAUACCACUGAAUCGACAGCAAUUACAGUCGAAUUUUAUUCUGGACUAUAUCAUGAUGUUGAUUAUGCCCUGUUUGUAUCUGGCCUCCUAUUUGGGCAUCAAUCUGUUUCACAGAUUCGGUCUGCCAUUUCUGGAUGACUGCAACAGUGUCUGCCGGCUGAGCAACAAUCUGUUCAUGCAUAUCGGCGCCUUUCUCUAUGUGACUGUCAUAUUGCUGAGUCUGUAUCGUCGCAAACAGUUCUUUGUGGACUUUGAGACGCGCCUCGCGGAGAUCGAUGUCAUAAUUCAGAAGUGCCGUCGGGUCGCCGAACUGGAUAAAAUGCGCUCCCAGGCUGUUAAACACAGCGUUGCCUAUCAUUUCACCUGGCUGUUUGUGUUCAGCGUUUUUAUCUUUGCCCUUUACUACGAUUCCAGGGAAUUGUAUCUCACCUUCGGCGAAUAUGCGAUAAUACCAUUUAUGGUGUCGAGCUUUCCAUAUCUGGCUGGCAGCAUUAUUCAAGGGGAAUUCAUCUAUCACGUGUCUGUCAUUUCGAAUCGCUUUGAGCAAAUAAAUAAGCUGUUCGAGAAGAUUAACCAGGAGGCGCGUCAUCGUCAUGCCCCGCUCACCGUCUUCGACAUUGAGAGCGAGGGCAAGAAGCAGGAGCAGAAGCCAACGCCAGCGGAGAAGGCAGCCGCAACCAAAGCCAUAUUCAGCAAUGAGCCCAAACUGGCGGAUGAAUUGAAACGCCAAAAGGCGCAGCCCCCAAAACAGGAGGACGAGGAUGAACUGAACACCAGCGAUGAGGAGGACGAUGAUAUUUUUGAUUACAACGACGGCAUGAUGGGCGAGAAUACCGACAGCACAUCGGAGGCCAAUUUGCCGGAUCUGUUCAAGCUGCACGACAAAAUACUCGCAUUGAGCGUGAUAACCAAUGGCGAAUUCGGACCACAGUGCGUACCCUAUAUGGCGGCCUGUUUUGUGGUCAGCAUAUUCGGCAUAUUCCUCGAGACAAAGGUCAACUUUAUAGUCAGCGGCAAGAGCCGCCUGCUGGACUAUGUUACCUAUUUGUAUGUGAUCUGGAGCUUUACCACCAUGGUCGUGGCCUACAUUGUGCUGCGGCUGUGCUGCAAUGCCAACAAUCAUUCGAAGCAAUCGGCCAUGAUUGUGCACGAGAUAAUGCAAAAGAAGCCCGCCUUUAUGCUGAGCAAUGAUCUGUUUUACAACAAAAUGAAGUCAUUUACAUUGCAAUUCCUACACUGGGAGGGCUACUUUCAGUUCAAUGGCAUCGGACUCUUUGCACUGGACUACACGUUUAUAUUCUCUUCACUCAGGCUUAAACCACGGAUGGAGCGGGAGUCGCCAGAACAAGGAACAGAGACCCGUGAACAGCGAGUAGGAUGUGAUGAGCCACCAUUUUGUGGCUGUCAAACGGAAGCGGCGAAACGUAAAGCAAAAGGAAAGAACCUGCCGCAAUUUCCGCUUUCAAUCACGUUUAGCACAACGGAAAUGUGCACAAAAUUCACUUGCACUUCGAAUCUGUCACUCUCUAUAUAUAUCGAGAGAGACAGAGACACAGAGAGAGAGAGAGAGAGAGCUAUGUGCAUGUCGGUACGGGCACACUGUUUGAAUAUUGCAUUUUGGUUGCUGACUCAAUUAACAUGCCUGUGAAGCUGAAGCUGGAACAGGAGCAGGAGCAGAGGCGGAAG